AUGACAGUAAAUAAUACAAUAGCUCAUCAACGUCUGAUCCUUAGUGGAGACCGGGAAAGGUUUAAAGAACUUUUAAGGAGACGUCUUAUUGAAUGUGGAUGGAGAGAUCAGGUCAGAAUGUUAUGCAGGGAGGUUGUCAAAGAAAAUGAAGGCAGUAAUCUUCCAUUUGAUGUACUAUUGACAAGAGUCACUCCUAGAGCUAGAGCACUUGUACCAGAUUCUGUCAAAAAAGAAUUACUACAAAAACUUAAAACACAUCUCUUGACACAAAAAGAUCAG